AUUCCCAUCUUAAAUAGUUACCUAGUGAACCCCAGUUUCUGCACCAAGAAACUAGCACCAUGGCAGCUUUGAACUCUCUUUCUCACAUUCCCUUCACAUCCAUUGUUACGCUGCUGCUCUUCGUUGCCACUCAUCCCACUGCCCUUUCUCAGGACCCCAUCACGCCAGGUCCAACCAUUGCUGACUGCAGCCCACGCCUGGUGGCACUGAUGCCAUGUGCACCGUUUGUGCAGGGCACAGCACAGAUGCCGGCGCAGUCGUGCUGUGACAACCUCAAUCAGCUCUACACCCUACAACCUGGCUGUCUUUGCCUCUUGCUCAAUGAUACCACCUUGAGUGAUUUUCCUAUUAACAGGACACGUGCUCUGCAGUUACCUGUUCUUUGCAAGCUCCAAGCUAACGCCUCUGCUUGCUCAGGGGUGCCUUCCCCUCCUGGUUCUGAGGUUUCUCUAGGGGCACAGCACAACUCUUCUGUCGCUGCUUCCCCCAUGGUGCACCCAACUGUUCCAGUGGCACCAAGACCAAGCAUCAUGGGGCUAGGGUUCAGCCGGAGCAAUGCUGGGAGACUGAAGACAAAAGGUCUCUCAACAAUGGUGACUUUUGCUGCAAUUCUGCUUUCAAAACUGGCACUGCUAUAUUAAGUCUAGAUAAUGGAGUUUGAUUUAUGAGGUGUUUAUGGCUUUGGUGUGUUGCUUGUUUAUGUUAUCUGAUUAUAGAGACCAGUUCGAGACAUUUAGGAUCAGUUAUAUUGUUAUUUAGAUUUACGUAUUAUUCGUUGUGUUUCGAUAGUUAAUACCUAUAUAUCAAUGUAGAAUGUAUUGG